AUUUCCACAGAGCCUGCCUAGCUGAGGCUAGCCUGCUGCUGCUGCUGCUACUAGCUAACGUCAAAAACACAACAGAAACAGUUGAACAUCUGUCAAGUCGCGGAGUUUAGCGCGCAAUAAAGUAACGGCUAUUUGUCACCAUGGCAACCGUUACCUGGACCGGCAGUUGGUAUUCCAGUUAGUUAUGUUUACAUGAGAUUAACCGUUAGCUAGAAGUCUUAUCACCGAGCAGCAGCCGUCAAUCUAAUGUUUUGGACUGACAUGAUCAGUUGAGCGUCUUAUCUGUCGGUUUUUCCGACAUUUUAAAAAGUUUAAAUAUAAAGGCUAUGAGUAGACACCCCGCUGGACAACUGAUGGAGGCUGUUGCACUUUAAAAACUCUGAUGAAGUGAUAACAAGGCUAAAAAGCAUCUCAGUUCAGCAGCUGGUCAUCACUACCGGCUGCCUCUUCAUCUUCUUUUUGCAUCAUCUACCUCAUAUGCUCAGUCCCUGUCACUUUUGUUCUGUUUGGGGCACAGAACAUUUCAAAAACAAAUCACAAGUGUGGUUAGAUUUGCAGACACAACUAGUCUAUCAUGCAAAUAUGUUUGGAUUAAGCAACAGAUUCGACACAGAAUUUCCCUCUGUUCUCACAGGAAAGGUAGCACCAGAGGAAUUCAAAACCAGCAUCGGCAGAGUGAACGCCUGCUUGAAGAAGAACCUGCCAGUGAAUGUGAAGUGGCUUCUCUGCGGCUGUUUGUGCUGCUGCUGCACGGUGGGCUGCAGUCUGUGGCCCGUCAUCUGCCUCAACAAGAGAACAAGACGGUCAAUCCAGAAGCUGUUAGAGUGGGAAAAUAACCGAUUAUACCACAAGCUGGGGCUGCACUGGAAGCUCAGCAAGAGAAAAUGUGAAAGCAGCAACAUGAUGGAAUAUGUGAUUCUUAUAGAAUUCCUUCCUAAAUAUCCUAUAUUCCGGCCGGACUGAGGAAACGUCAUCAGACCGGAUGGACGGCCCUUCAGUCUUAUCCUUAGUGCCUUGUAUAUAUAUAUAUGUAUGUUUAUAUAUAUAUAUACACACAGUAUGUGGGAAUAAGGGUCUGGCGUCUCUCGUGACGACCCCGUACAUCUCCCUGUACUUUGUACAAAACAAUUUGCAACACUGUCACUUUGCUUUAGAGCAGAUUUUGCACAUUUUCUUCCCGUUUGUUGAUGUUGUUGCACUCUGAUUUUAUUUUCUCUCAUGUGUUAAAACAAGUAAAACUUUUGAAAAGUGCAUUUACCCCAAAGAACCUUCAGCCUGGUAAACCAGUGACCCCUUCCUCGCAGACGAAUGUGAUGCCUCCACCUUUCCGUGACGAUCCUUGCCUUAUGUACGGUUAGAUAUUAAAGUAUAAAUCGAUGUAACUGGAACCGGCUGGAUCCAGUUCUUAGCAGGUAGACGAGACGGUUGCCUAGCGCCCAGCAUACGUCUCCCCCUCCAUGUUGUUUUCGUCUUUAUAUUAACUCUUUGUACCUGGGAAUUAGCUAGUACAAGUACUUGACGUGUAAAUACCAUGGUAGGAUAAGCUGUACAGUGGUAUGCCAUUGUUUACAUAAAGUUUACUUAAUCUUUUAGAUUUCUUUGCCAAUAUAUUGCUGUACCAUAGUUUUGAUUAAUGAAAGAUGUCUAGUUCAUAUGGACUUGUUUACCUUGUAAGCCAUAUAUAGUUACAGUGUAUCUGAUGCCAGAUUAUUGCACUCGAGCCCAGAGGAGAAUCCUGAUAUUCAAACAAAUUGUCUUUUGGUGGGUUUUUGCCAAUGAUUGAUUCUAUAGGUAUUUUUUAAUCCUUCGAUUUUGCAUUAUUUUUGUAGUUUUGUAUCCGUCUGUGCCGUGUUGGAAGCACUUCACUUUGUUUCGGUCAUCAUCCUGAUUGUGUUAUUUUUUAUUUAAGUCGGGGGUGUCCAAAGUGUGGCCUGGGGGCCAUUUGCAGCCCCUGGACUGAUUGUGUGUGGCCGCUGACUUCAGUUCAAGAAUGAUACAAAUUUGAUAAAUGACAAAAUGAAAGUAAAAUCUUCUUACUAUAGAAAAUAUUUGCUAAAGGUAAAUAUGCUUUUUCCAUUCUCUUCAAGAACCAGAAACUUUUACUCAAAAGUUUCACUCAAAUCUCUGCUUCUAAUUGAUUUAAUAAACUUACCUAAAUACAGCAAGCAUUUUCAAAGAAAGACUGGCCUAAAUCCUGAUUUUAUUCAUUUUUUCUUUCAAUUCAUACCUGGAAAGUUUACAUAAUUAUUGUUGGUAAGGAAAAUCUGCAGAACCGUUUUUAAGUUUUGGAUCUAGAAUAAUUUACACAUCAUUUUUCAGCAGCAAAUCUGACUACUUUGUUUAAUUUAAAUACUGCUUAGUUUAUUGUUGAUUGGCCCAUGUGACAAAAGGUUUGGACACCCCUGAUUUAAGUCAAAACAUUUCCCGGGUUUCAUUUUAUUAGUGCCUCUGGAAUAGUACCGUCUCCUUUAUGUGUGAAGGAGACUGAAAUCCUCCUCCCGGUAUUGUUACAGUUCAUGUAAACGUUCGUCACCACGACCUAAUUCCUCUGAAGAGAGAAUAAACUGUUGAUUUUCACCU